AAGAUAGAGGUGUCGAACAUGUUCGGACGGGUUCGCCACCUCCGCCGCCGCGAUUUGUCCAUUCCCACACAAAUUCUGAUUAGCAUUUGGCAGUCUCGGUCGACAGGUUUACGGCUUUCGUGCAGCAGGUUUUCCUUCGGUUGAUAUCAGCAGUGAAUUUCGGUGGUUGAAACGACUAGGGCUAGACCUCAAAAUAACUACUGCCAAUCGUAUAGUACAAUCCAGUGUUGGUAGUUGGAGUGCAGUGCUGAAAAAUCAAUGAAGAAUAAUUAAUCGGAAGCAAUUAGAAAACGUCAGAAUCGAUUCGAUGCUGCUCCAGUGCUCCAGCGUUUCGAUGUCAUACGGAGGCCCUAGGAGCUUUACUACAAAGUCGAGAGCUGGCUAAUACGUGACGACGCUCGGAUGUUGUUCUGUGAUGUUCUGCGUGUCGAGCGGUACGGUUGCUAGACGGACGGAUCGUGAGUGCGGAAUUGUACGAUCAUUGAACAAGGUAGAUCCGAGAGACAGGGGCCGGAGGAAAAGACAGGCCACCGCAAAGAAGAAUUAUUAGCCGGAGCUAGAAGAACCAGUUUUUCAGUUCUUUCUCUUCGGAAUGGAGAAGUCCAUUGGCAGCAGCAGCAGCAACAAGAGUCCCAGUCAGUGUAGUGACCAUUCUGGUGAAAUCAUUACGACGACUGUAGUAUUCCAAGCAUGAUCAAGUGUACCGGGAGAAAAACGGGAAGAAUUGUGCAAUUGUUUGUGGCAAGUGUGACGGGAUGAGCGGAAAAAAAUGUUCAGACGUGCCAGCGAAUGUCUCCCGUGUGAUACAGUUAGAAAUGGCAAAAUGUGAACCAUCAACCGAAUCAGGAGACACCGAGUUGUGAAAGAAAACGAUACAGGCGCAGCAGCAGUAGCAACAGCAGAAUCGCAGAACCAGUUACAGUGUGCGGUGGAAUUAAAUGAGAGGAAUUUUUGGUGAUUCAUUUAAAGUGACACUCCUAUUCGGGCCCGUUUAGUGUAAACUCCACUGGUGUCAGCGACAACAGUCCACGGAGCGACCCAAUCACCCAAUCGUGUGUGGAUUCAGUUUAGUGCAUAGAAGCCGAGAGAGGCGAAUGUAUGUGUGUAUCAAUAAUAUAUUUUCGUAAAUGGUCCCGGAAGCGAAGAAAUUUCCAGCCAAAAUCGAGCGCGCGCGCGUCCGAAAGUGUCUCUGUCUCUGUGUAAUCAAUGGCCAAUUUUAAUCGCAAGGUGAAAAGUUUAAGUCCCAAUGUCGUAAAGUGUAGUGUCCCGUUGUGUUUUUGUUGUGAUGAUUACCUCGUGAUGGAUGGACGAGGAUGAUGAUGAUGAUGAUGUGAGAGGGGUUAAGAAAUAAGGAAGAAAGAGAGCGAAAUAAAACUGCAAAGCUCUUAUCAGAGGCAGUGUGUUGGAAAUAAUAUGCACCUAUCAGUAACCCAGUCAGGCAGCAGUACGAAGACAACGACGACGACGAAGACUACGACUACAAGCGCACCACCGGCAGCUAGCUACAACACGCAAAGCGCACAGUCCGGCCAACAGAAUCCCCCGGAAAGCCAAUAUUACCGGAAUCAGCAGCAGCGGGAUUUGGCCGCCAGGACCCAGGCUGGCACGAGUGGCGGUGAUAACCAAGGUCACCGUCAACAGCAGCAACACCACCAACAACAACACCAUGGUGCAAUCAUAACUACAGAAUGUGAUACUGAAGCGGAGAUCCCGGCGUCUGUCAUCAGCAGCGUUGGCGCGGUUAACUACCAGCAAUCGGCGGCUGCGGUCCGGCAGCUGUACGUUGUGGCACCGACUGGCUAUGGGUCCGGAGGCGGUAUCGGUACUGCCUUCAACGCCACCAGCAGCAACGACAAUGUGAAGGGUCACCCCCUGCCCUACAGCAACAGCAGUGCUAGCGAAAGUGCCAAUCAUAAUCACCAGCAACAACAUCUCCAGUUCCAUCAACCCGGGAGUGGUAGCACCAGCAACGGUAGCCAUAAGAUGAUAACACAAACCAGCACCGGAAGCUCCUCGGCGGUGGUUCACAGUUCCGCAGCAUCGACGACGACAGCUGCGCUAUCGGUGGCAACAGCCGCGGCCAACAACAGCAACGGAAGUACAAAUCAACCCCGCCAGCAUCCGAAGAAGCGCAAGUUCUACCUGGCCGACCUCGAGGAGAUGGAAUCCCACCGGGGCAGUGCAGGUUCCUCCGGGCCGCCAUUGCAACCCGUCGACACAGGAGGAACAUCGCUGCUAAACGGGAGCAAUACUAGUAACAGUACUGUAAAUAGUAGUAGUAGUAACAAUCUUAGUCUAGAAAGCGAUCAACAUCCGGUAGGCACGAGCGAGGUUUUCUCAGCAGCAUCGGGCCACACCGAACUUCCAAAUAGUAGGCCACCGUCGGGCUCUUCGGCAUCUCCCUCGGUGGCCUACAGCAGUUGUAGCGGCAACGGUAACAAUCUAGGUGCAAUAAUAACCGUUACUUCGAUGGCACAGCUGCAACAGCAGCAGCAUCAUUCGCAAUCGAUAGCGAUGAACGAACGUGUCAGCUGUAGUAGUCCCAGUAGUAGCAACAACAGAAAUAACAACAACGGUACUAUAGAAGGAGCUAGGCUUCAUUCACAGCAGGGCUACGAUGCCAUGCAACAACAGCAGAGGCAAACGGUGAUGUCUGCGGAUUCGGCGAGGUCACAACAGCAGCAACAGCCUAUGAGGAUACAGCAAACUGCCGAUGGGUACUACGGCAAUAAGAAAAUCUAUACCAGUUCUUUUGGCUCACCUAUCAACAGCUAUAAGCCUGCUGCCACGCCUCCGUCUUCGAUGCCGCAGUCCAUUCAGCUUCAGCAGCUGCAGCAGCAACAGAAUACCGUGGGGUCACCCUCUUCUGUCCAUCAACAGCAGCAGCAGCAGCAGCAUGGUCCACCCUCCAGCAAUACCCCACCGGACACGGGAUCGCAUCACAUGAGCAGUACACCGCCAGUUGCCGGUUUGAUCUCAAGCAACGCUACUACCUCGUCCUCCGGAGGACCUCCACCCCCGCCACCCACGUCGUCCUCGUCCACUGCCCAGUCGAGUUCCGGCGGGGCGGCUGCACCAUCGAGUUUGAUCGAUCUGAACGACUGGGCCACCAACUAUCGGGUGCUGGCCAGGCGGAAAGACUACUACGAGUCCGGAGUGAUACGAGCCACACCGUCGCCCAGCACGGUCGUGGUCCUAUUCGACUACCCGGAGGGCAGCCAGCAGAAGUACGAAGAUGUGUUUGGCGCUGGUCGCUACGACAUCAUCGACGAUGCCUGUCCUUCCGCUUCGGAUGUGGGCCCCGGCAGCAGAGUGUGCGUACGGCUUCAAACCGUCCCCGCAUAUCCGACCGGGAACGUUUACGUCGAGGCUGUGGUUAAGGAAAUGCAUAAUAGUACUAAGAAGUUUUCGGUUCAGAUCACCGGAGCCGGCGGCGGGACGCAGGAGCUCUUGGUUAAAAGGGUAGACAUUCGAUUGUUAAAACCGCCUUGGUGGGAUGAGCUGGAAGAGAUGGUGGAAGCAGUGGAGGGCGCACGGAAUCGAUCACAACCUACGCCGGUUAGUAGCUCCGGUCCAGUGAGCUACCCAAAUGCGGACAUGCCUCAAGUUCCGUCGAAUGCCAUCGUGUACAGUCAAAGUUCAGUUCCCCCGGUCAGUGCAACGGGUGCCCCGUACAAAGCCAUCAGCAUUACGCAAGGACGUGGUGUGGCGGCUGCUGCGCGAUACGAGUCUCAACAGCAGCAGCCGCAACAACAACCGCAGCAACAGCAGCAGUCACAUGUGCCAUUACAAUUCCAUCAAAUCCUUCCGACGCUUCACGUGAACGAAGAACACUAUCGGACGGCAGCGACCUCACCAAUGACAGCGGGACAAUCUGCGCCCGGUGGUGGUUUCGAUGGCCAACCGACGACACUGGUAGCAAAUAAUCACUAUCAAGCCCAUCACCUCUCCCAGCAGCAGCAGCAGCAGCAGCAGCAAAGCGGGAACGAACUGGUGGCGCCUGGUGGCCCGAAUACAGUAUUAACGGCUGGCAGUCCAGACGAUUUGCAUAGUGCAAAUCGCAACUUCUACGACUACGAUAGCGACGACGAACUGCGACGAGGAGAAAUCAACUUUCCGAUGGAUGGUGAAAACGAAAAAUACUCAGGCAGUAGCAAGAGAAGCAGCAUGCAAAGUCGUGGUAGUACGUCUAGCUUACUGGACCAGCGAAGUACUCCCAGAUCUCAACCAGCAACUCCAAGAUCUCAAGCGGCGACGCCGCAUCGCUUCAAGAAGGGCGACGUGGUGUCCACCCCAAACGGCAUACGGAAAAAGUUCAACGGCAAACAGUGGCGACGGCUGUGCUCGAACGAGUCCUGCUCGAAAGAAUCUCAACGGCGCGGAUACUGCUCGCGGCAUCUCAGCCAGAAAGGUAACGCCCUGCGCUCGUCCGCCGGUUCCACGGCCAACCAUUUCGCUAGCAGUCGAUCUAGCAGCAAAACGCAACUGGACGAGGACACUUCUCGAGAUUCGGAAACGUCACCAAACUACCGGGUAACCGGCCGGUUCGAUGAGACGGAAACGGACGUUGCCAAUAUGUUGGUGUCACUGAGCAGCUCGCGGUCUGCAACGCCAUGCACGUUCUCAUCGCCAACGGGGCACGCGUCGUCGCCACUGGCCAGUACCACCCAGUCACCGGUGACCAUCGGAAACCGGCAGAACGUCUUCAUGCCCAUUGGAAGUCCGGCACCGUCCUCCGAUCAUCAUAACAAAUUUAAAACCAACACCCCCAGUCCCAACAUGUACGGUGGCGGCGGAGGCGGAACGCAAGGCCUCGGUAUCAGUGGGAUGCCGAUGAAUCUCGGUCCUCAGCAGCAGCCGCCACUGAUAAGGCCGGAAUUAUUGCGACCUUCGCAGACAGUGCCCCAGCAACCGAUCGUAUCGCUUCCUCCCACAGGCCAUGCCACCAGCGUGAUACGAAUAUCGCCAGCAUCGUCCCAUAGCUCUCAGCAUCCGGGACUGUACUCUUCCUUUCACGGCCAACAGCAGGUAAUAGUCGAUCCGGGUCAACCGGCAUUGCAACAACAGCAACAUCUGCCGAAUCGAGGACCAAUUAUGGCCCCUCAGCAAACGAUACACCUGCAGCAGCAAUCAAUCGUUCAACAACAGCCGCAUUCAGCGGUCCCACAGCAACAACAACAACCGACCGUGCCAAAAAACGGCAUUAGCACGGGUUCCACCUUUCAAUGGCAUACAUUACUUCCGAUAAUCCAAGCUCCGGCCUCGAAAACGUUCGUCCACCACCAUCAAUUGAGCUACUCUCCAGCUCAGCACCAGCAGCAGCAGUCAUCCGGCAUUCCUCAGACGGUCAACACGACAAUCAUUGCGUCCCCGACGGUCAGAAUAUGCACGCCACCACCGUCGGAACCGGCUGCCGAUGACGAGUGCGACGACAAUGAGGGAGAUGAUGAUGUUUUUGAAGCAGAGCCCGUGAAAACCAACUACAGCAACAAUAGUAACAACACUAACAAUCAACUGGCCGGGAGAGACAACUUUCAAAGCUCCGGUGGAGGAGGAAACCAGCUGCUCCGGGGGAUGGACAUCGAAGCCGGGUCGGGUUCGUUCGCGAAUCAGACUCUAGCGGGUGGUCCCCAACAAGGGAGUACUGCUGCUGUUACCGGUGCGAACAGCAAAGCGGAGAACGAUUCCAUCAACAAGAGACGCACACAAUCCUGCAGUGCAGCCCUUCAGGCGGCCAACAAUGCCGGAGGAGGUCCACCUAGUGCAAAGGAGCCUCAGAGUCCACUGAACAAAAAGGACGCCAAAAUAAGACGACCGAUGAAUGCGUUCAUGAUCUUCUCCAAGAGACAUCGAGCGCUCGUUCAUCAAAAACACCCCAAUCAGGACAACCGGACGGUGAGCAAAAUCCUCGGCGAAUGGUGGUACGCCCUGAAGCAAGAUGAGAAAACCAAAUACCACGAGCUGGCCAGCGAAGUCAAAGAGGCUCACUUCCGGGCUCAUCCCGAGUGGAAGUGGUGUUCCAAAGACCGACGGAAAUCGUCCUCCUCCACAAAGGACGGGUGCGGUCGAAUGGAUUCCUUCGAUGGCAACGAUUCUUUCGACGAAAAGAGCCCAACGACACCGUCGGAACAUGGUCCGGCGGGUGCAGCGGUGCCACAGCUGAAUGACAUCAUUCCCACGACGAUCGCUCCGUACAACACCGCAAACCAUCCCGACGAGGAAAGCGCGCGACCAGAUGGAAGCGGUGCUGGGGAAAAGAUGGACCAUGACGACGGGACCAUGUCCGAUGACGACCAGCAGAUGGUGAUUGCGGAAGAAUCGGCGGCGUUGCAACCGAUCAGCGAAACAGCAGUCGAAAUCGAUCUCAAGUGCGCCGAGAAGGUGGGGGAUUCCGAUGUGGACGAUGUCGGCAACGGCGGGGCUAGCGCCGGUGGCGAUGGAGAGGACUACAAGGCGAGAAUCAAGGUUUCAGACUCAGUGGUUUCAUCGUCCUCUCUUGCCAACGACAACAUCCCGACGGAUUACUCGAAAACGGCGACAGCACCAAUUCCACCGGCUAGCAAUAGUAGUAGUAGUAGCUCAGCACCAUCGACCCCAUCGGAUCCGUUGACGUGCAAACCGAAACCCAUUAAGGUAGCUCUGCUGCCGCCUCCGGUUUCGCAUCAACCUAGUGGCCACCCCGUUGGCGGCAAUGCUCCACAUGGGGAGCAGCCGUCUGGGGCAGGCAUGCUUCAUCAUAGCUACCAUCAUCAUCAAACGCCGCUAAGUUAUUCGUACGGUAGCCCGAAGAAUCCGAUUGGUGUGUCGCCGUUUCAACCAACUGGUGGCGCAUUCAAAACCAUGCCGCAAAGCCCGAAAACCAUCGCCAAGCAGGAGCAGUACCAAUCGGUCAGUACUCCGACCGCAAUCAAAUCUGAACCGACGGACAAUCUGUGCAAUAACAAUAACAACAUGGGCAAAGUUUCCGCCAACGGAAACAUAUUCAACUUUUCGACAUCUGCUAUCAAAGAGCACCAACAACAGCAACAGCAGCAGCAGCCGUUUGUCUCUACGGACAAUAAAUGUAAAUCGAUUAGUUUGAAUCCUAUCUGUUAUACAAUCUCGAAUACUAACAACGCUAAUAACAAUGCCACUAUAACCGGCACAAGCAAUAGCAAUAACACAAUCUUGAUGAGCAUGAAACAAGUUGUGCCAUCCCCGUCGGCGGUUUCCGCAGCAGUACAGCAACACCAUCAACAUCAGCAACACCUUCAUCAUCAGCAUCAACAGCAGCAGCAUCCGCACCUUCAUCAUCACCAGCCGCCAACGUUCUCCAGUGGACCCAAUAGUGAAAGUGCGGCCGCGGCCAUCCUCACUUCGAAUCAGCUGCUGGCUGCAGCGGCUGCCGCUGGUAGGCAAAAGUUCAUGUUUGCAGUGAAUGCAAAUAAUCCGCAGUUUACGCUCGUCCUACCCGAAAGCCAACAGUACGCUCUCAAUGACCGCUCGAAACUGUACGCCACUCCAUCAUCUGCAAUCUCUUCUUCCUCAUCGUCCACUGCUUCCUCCUCGGCGGUCUCUCUUACCUCUUCGUCUUCUACCCUUCUAUCCUCUUCUUCCUUGGGAUCUUCCCAGAACUCCUCCUGCUCCUCCGCCGUGCCAGGUCUAGCCGCUUCAACCGCUUACGCACUAACCACCUCCUCGAUGGUGCAGGGACCGCAACUGAAGCCAGCCAUAUCAUCAAGUACAACAACCGCGACACUCCAACCAGUACAAUACUUGAUACAAGGAAAAAUACCGAACCUUCUCAUCUCCACACCCGCACCACAGGCCUAUCAGCCACAGCACCAACCCCAACAGCCACCGCUCGUGAACAUCAAACAGGAGCCACCAGAAUCUCCCGGUGGAAGAAACCUGCCGGUCACACCCAAUUCCUGCUCUUCGGCUGCAAUGCCUCCGAUGGAUCCAGGAUCCGAACAGCAUAAUCCCAUGUCGGGUUCAGUUCCGACCGGUGCGGCAUCCGAAGAGACUGACGAUGACUUCGAUGCCCCGGAGAGUAAAAAGUUCAUUCUAGCGCCGACUCCGGCCCAGCUUGGCCGAGCUCCGUUGCAGCGACGGCAAAUGAGCAACAGCAGUAACUCGUCCGGGCACCAACAGCAGCAGAAUUCCGGCGAUAGCAGCGACAACAGCAACGGAAGCACCCAUCAGCCAUCUACCCAGAUGCCAUCCGCACUGCCGACUCCGACCUCGGCCACGAUCGAUGAUUUCCAGAGUCCGCAGAUUUCUCCCACAGUCAAAACGAAGAAUUUCUUCAAGAAGGUCAAACCGGACGAUAUGGAUAAUGUUCUCAGACAGGUCGACUUCGAGAAAAAGUUCAAAACGCUACCCCAGUUCAAACCGGAGGACUGCCAGUCGCCCAGUGCAAUCUCUGUGCCAUCGUCGCCACGUGUUUUCACACAGAAUUAUCGUAAGAAAUCGGCCCAACAACAGCAGCAACAACAACAACUGCAACAGCAGCAGCAGCAACAUCAUCAACAGCAACUGAAAACUCCUAUGGAGGACGAACAUCCGCAGCAACACCAUCACCAUCAUCCGUCAGCUCAGCUCACCUCGGACAGCAGUGCACCGCUUUCGUCAACGGCAACGCCUUCCAGUGCGUACAUCGUCGGCAAUCGUUUCUUCGGACCGGACUUCAACAUGGAACAGUACAAAGGUUUCUUCUCUCUCGUAGACAUGGCCGCAGACAACACUGACCGUUCGCCUCGAACCCCGAAAACACCUUCGGCACGGUCAGUCAACUCAGCCGAAGAGAAGGGGCACCGCAAGAUUCUGGAGCAGCGCCGCAAUUUGGUCAUGCAACUGUUUCAGGACCACGGGAUGUUCCCAACGUCCCAGGCGACCAAUAGUUUUCAGGUGGCCCACAGCGACAUCUUUCCCAGCAAACAGAGCUUGCAGCUGAAGAUCCGCGAAGUCCGACAGAAGUUCAUGGCUCAACCGCCUGGCUUUACGCCACACUCGGCCGGGCCGAUCACGCCGACCGAUCUCGGUGCCGGUACUCAAAACGAUACGGCGCAACAGGAAUAAACAGCAAAGCAAGAAUCCGUUUAUCAAUACUUUUUACAAAAGCAUUUCAAAAGCCGCUUAUCCUCGGUAGCAUUAAACUACAUAUUUGCAAAAUGCGUGGCGAACCUGGAAUGCUUUCCGCAGAACUCAUGCUCCCGCUGAUAGAAACAAAAAAAAAACAAAUAGAUAAUAAUUAUUUACUAUUACAAUCACUACUCAAUAGCCUAAACAAGAUAUACUGGAACUAAAACAAGCAUAAAAAAAAAAACAAUAGAUGCAACAAUUUAAAUCUAACUCACCCAUACUUUCACAUAGCCGUUAAAAAAACCAGUAGAUAAAAGAAAACAAUAGAUCAAUAGGAUAAACCAGCCAACCCCUACAGCGUUCAAAUUUGCUUCGAUUGGAAACGUUUUCGACUCACAUAUCAUUCAUCACACAAUGAACAAUGCUUUGCUUGCCAAACACACAUACACUCUCAAACAUCUAAUAAUCGCUCUGAGUCGGCUCUGCUUUACCGAAUAGGCCCUGAAUUCGCACAUCUCUCCUGCAAAAUCGAGAAAAGAAAAUUAGUCUCUCUCCUUGUCUCAUGGUCAUCAACUCUUGCACUGGUUCGGUGUCUCUUCUUCUCUCUUCAGUGAGAGAAUGGAAGCGCGCCAUCUCCCGGCUGCCUAAUCGAAGAGUAAUGAGAAAAAUAAACAUAAAAAUCCCAGUCUCUAUAAUUAAAAAUUUAGAGGUUAAACAAGCGUAUCGUGAAAAUUAUUCAGAUCCAUGUCGUGUACGACCACGAGGUGGCAUCUAGUGAUCUUAGUUGGUAAGUUGUGCAGCAGCGCAAGUAUAUACAGAAAUUAUAAUUACAAGUAUGUCUAUAGCAAACAAGAUUUAAUAUUAAAACAAAUUGUACAUACUAUUUGAAAAGUUAAUUAUGAAAAGUCGUUGAAGCAAACGAUAGAGUUAGGUCAUGUAGUAGAAAGUACAAGAAUUUAUUAACAAAUUUUACUGUGAGUUGUAGUAGUGGCAAAACCAAACGUUACAAAAUACUAAACAUAUAAGCCCCCCUUUGUAAAGCAAGAGCGUUCAUUUCCCAUCCCACUAAAAUAAGAUUUUUAGAGCAACAAGUGCUAUUUUACCCGGAACCUUCAAUUGUACGCAGAACAACCAUCAAAAACCCUUUUAACUCAGACGACCACUAAGUUGUCUGCUAGUUCUCUCUAUCUACUUCUACUCCACAUCCAAUACCUCCAUUUGCACAUCCUAGGAAGACGACAGCCCUUUCACGCACCUCCACUUUUCAUUAACCGUCAAUAGCAGUUUUUGCGAAGACUGCGUGUUUUCAAUCAUUCCUGUAAUACCCCUUGAAAACAGAAGAAAUUUCGAGAUGCACAUUUAAACGAGAUUAAUUUAUCAAAAAGCGCGCUUUUUCGAAAGUAGACACAUCAUCUGACACACCUAGAUAUCUACAGAUAAGCGCCGUAGUCAGUAAAGCCCCAGAAAACAUACUAAUCGCUAAGGUCACACACGAACACAAUUUACUAAACAAAAAGCUUAACUAUAGAAGAAAACCUUUGAACUCAAGUUCGGUAGACGAAAAUCACACCACAAGCAAAUACACACCGAAAUAGAAAAAAAAAAACACGUAAAAUAUUAUACGAACACGCAUUGUCCUUGUUUCCAAUGGAUGUUGUCUUUGAAGGAUGUAGUUGACCGUGCAAACAAAUAAGUAAAAGGAACGAUGAAAUUUAGCCCUUUGAUCAGAGUUGGAAGCAAACAUGAAAACAUAAAUUAAAUACUUCAAAAAGACAGGAAACCCCGGUUUGAUUGUAUUGUCGAAAAGAAGGAGAAACGAAACAAAUGCAAAUGAACGAAUUUUGUGUGCAAACACGUACGCCAGUUUGAGAAGAAAAAAAAAAGAAAAAAGUUUUA